CUCAUUCGUGUUCAACAUUCGCUGGUUGCUCGUUCCGUAAAGAAAGCAAACGUACCAAAAAACAAAAAAAUAAGAGAAACAAAAAAAACUUUAGAAAAAAAUUUGAGCAAACUAAAAGUACUACAAAUUUUGUCUCUUUAAUAUUUUAAUUAUUCAAAUUGAUUUUGAAAAACCUCAUCUCACUACUCGAAGUAAGCAAUCUCGAUCGAUCGCCGUGCAAGACACAAUUAAACACGCUGGAUUACCAUUUUUUUCUUGUUCCGCAAAAACAAACAAAAAUUCAAAGAUUUAAUAAAUAAAUAACAAACAACAACAAAAACAACCCAAAACGAAUUAUCAUCUCAAGUGCAGUGCAAGUGUUGGGAUAAGCAAAAUAAUAAUAAUAAAGAAAGCAAAUUAAUCAUUACAAUCAAGUAACAAAAAAACUCGCAGUUGAAACAACAAAAACCAAAAAUUCAUCGUUGAAAGGAAAGAAAACCAGAAAGGAACUUUCGUAACCUCGCUAGUAACCGGUACGACCGUGUAAAAACCGCCAAAAUUCUACUCAAGGAGCGUAAAGCAAUCAUCUCCAGAAUGAAAUCCCUGACAGCUGUUUGUCAAACAGGUGCCUCCGGCAUGCCGGCCAUCAAUCCAAACGGACGCAUCACCCGUCAUCCACCUCAUCGCGGCGAUGGCGAGAAUGCUGAAAUGAAAAUGUAUCUCUCCAAGCUAAAGGACUUGGUGCCCUUCAUGCCCAAGAAUCGCAAACUAUCCAAAUUGGAAAUCAUACAGCAUGUCAUUGACUACAUCUGCGAUUUGCAAACAGAGCUGGAAACUCAUCCCGAAAUCAAUAACUUCGAUGCGGCAGCUGCAUUGAGCAGUGUUGCACAUGCCGCCGCCGCCGCCGAAGACGACGACGACGAUGAUGACAUGACUGAGGCCGACAACAACAACGAUAUGUUGGUGGCCCAACGUUUGGCUGCCGAGCAGCAACUCCAGCUCCAACAACAGCAGGAGCAGCAGCAGCAACUUACUAAAAUCUCUAGUCCCGCGGCCCGUAUGCCCCUUAUCGAUCGCCAGAGUCCCAAUACAAUUGUGAAGGUGUCGUCGUCAUCAUCAUCAACAUCAACAUCAGUAUCAUCAUUAGCCACAUCACCAGUGGUGACAGCAUCGGCGCCAGUGCAGCAACAGCAGCAGCAGCAGCAGCUGCCAUCGCAGCCCCAGUUAGCCAACAGUUUAACGACGCAUCUGAAUGCAGAAAAGGACAGCAGACAGUCGUAAAUCCAUACACUUAUAUAAAAAAAAACUCUUUAACUAAAUACAUAAUAAUUAUAUCAAUAAUAUGAAUAUGUAUAACGGCGCAAGCAGCGGCAGCGGCAGCAGCAGCAGCAGCGGCAGCGGCAUCAAUGUGCAGUACAGUCAAACUCCACUCUCAAAAUAUAAAAACCUUCGUGUGAAGAUCUCCUCUCCACCACAGAGAACAUAUAUAGAACAACACAACAGUUACAGUAAAAUAAUAAUAAUAUUCUUAGCAACAACAACAAUGUUAACUUCAAAAGCUAAACUAACAGCCACGCCCCCAUCUACAUAUAUUAACCAAUGUUUUUUUUUCUUCGUAUCAUAUGUAAGCAUUGGGGGCCCAGCAGCAUUCGCAUUUCGCAUUAUAUAAAA